UCCCACCCUGAGCAAUGCUUCUUUCCAGCAGGACUGUUCCUGGUGACCCACCAUGAUCCUGGCUGUGCUGCUCCUAGGCUGUGUCCUGCUAUCUCCAGUGAAGACCUUGCCAAUAAAUGUCCAGAAAGGAGAUUUGGACUUCAAUCCAUCUUUCAGGGAAGCCAGACAGCCACCAGACAUGCUCUCCAACCAGAUUCCUGUCCCAGGUCCCCAAACCUGCCAGAAUCUCUUGCAGUCUGUGCCUUCCUUGGCCCCUCUACCUGAGUUCCUAUCCAGCUUAGCUCUGGAGCUAGCCCUGGAGAAGAUAGGCUGCACAACAGAAGCCCAAAUGCUGCAGGAGCAGCUCAUUAGGAUGGGAGGGAAGGACACUACUGAAGCCCUCCUCCGAGAGAGUAAAAAACACAACGAAGAAGAGAUUGAUGCUACGAAGGGCAUUCUGAAGGAUCUGGGGGUGUUCACAGGGGAGGUGAAGCGGGUUCAGCGCUCAGUGGCCCUUACUGAGGCCUGCAGGUCAGAAGAUGACUGGGUGCGCUAUGAGACAGCAAUGAUGAUGGCAGAAUUUGCUGACAAGCUUCCUGUCACUGAACUGGUGACAAAGCUCAAGAAUUCUGCCAUUGAUGUCACCCAGAAGUGCACAGAUGAGUCUUGGCAGCAUUUGAAAGAAGCUGGCCAACAGCUGCUAGAAAGCCCUGAAAUUCAGUACUUUUCAAUGCCAUUGGAAGACCAGAUAUACUUCAUCAAACGCACUACAACUAUUUUUAUUCGUGUUAUUGUGGACUUGAUACACAAACAUGUGCAGAUUUUUAUGGGAUAGGGAAGGCCUGUUAAGCAUCACACUUCAUUUCUUGGUGUCUGAUAGGAAUAUUUACAACAAAUGAGUAUGACAGGUAGAACUGCUGGGGACAUUUGGGGGCAGAUACUUUUUUUUUUUCAUUUAAUCUCUGUGGUAAAAAUACAUAAGUGACUAGAAUCAACUUUGCCACCUCUCUUAAAAGGCCUAUCUCCUAUCUCUUCUCCCUAUCUCUCUUUCAGUUAUCAAAUACUGUGAAUUUAUUGGGCACUAGGCAUGAAGGGGAUUGCAGUCUUUACCUGUUCAUUUACUUUUGAUGUUCUAAUUCCAAACUGCAUAUUUUAGUUUGCUUAUGUUCAUUUUCAAACUGAAAAAGAGAAAUAAAACAUUGGUAUUAUGUCAGAAUCACA